AUGGAACUCAUCAACGAAAGAAAUGAUACAUUUAGACUUUACGUCGACCCAUUUCGUCCUGGAGCUGAUGCAGCCCAACAGUUUCAGUAUGCAGUGAGAGUUAUUGGAAGCAACUUUGCUCCCACUGUUGAACGGGAUGAAUUUCUUGUAGCAGAGAAAAUCAAGAAAGAACUUGUGCGGCAAAGAAGGGAAGCAGAUGCUGCUUUGUUUUCAGAACUCUACAGGAAACUCAGUUCACAGGGUGUUUUGAAAAACAAAUGGUCAAUACUUUACCUCCUGCUUAACCUUAGUGAAGAUCCACGUAAGCAGUCUAACAAGGUAUCAAGUUAUGCCACACUCUUUGCACAAGCCCUACCACGGGAUGCUCAUUCAACCCCUUAUUACUAUGCCAGACCUCAAAGCCUCCCAUUGAAUUACCAAGACCGCAAUGCUCAGUCUGCCCAGAGUUCUGGUAGUAUGGGAAGUAGUGGGAUCAGUAGCAUCAGCCUAUAUGCCUUGAAUGGGCCAACACCAACUCCACAAUCACUCCUUCCAGGACAAUCCGGUCAAGCUCCAGGCAUUGGAGAUGGCCUCCGUCAGCAGCUGGGGUCACGUCUUGCGUGGACUCUAACUGCAAGCCAGCCUUCUUUACAAAGCGCUACCUCAAAAGGCCUUCCUAAUGCUCUUUCCCGCAGUGUGUCAAGGUCAAGGCGAGAAGGAGAUACAAGUGGUUCUGUUGAAAUAACUGAAGCAAACCUUGUAAGAGAUGUUUUAUACGUCUUCCAGGGAAUAGAUGGCAAAAACAUCAAAAUGUGCAAUUCUGAAAACUGCUACAAAGUAGAGGGAAAGGUGAGCUUGUCCAAAUCUCUCAGAGAUACUACAAGCAGACUUGCAGAGUUGGGAUGGCUACAUAAUAAAAUAAGAAAAUACACAGACCAAAGGAGUUUGGAUCGUGCGUUUGGACUUGUGGGUCAGAGUUUUUGUGCAGCCUUACAUCAGGAACUCAAAGAAUACUACCGACUUCUCUCUGUUUUGCACUCUCAACUGCAAUUGGAAGAUGAUCAGGGCGUGAAUUUGGGACUUGAAAGCAGUUUAACCCUUCGUCGUCUUCUAGUCUGGACAUAUGAUCCUAAAAUAAGGUUAAAGACCCUUGCAGCACUUGUUGAUCACUGUCAAGGGAGAAAAGGUGGCGAACUGGCUUCGGCAGUUCAUGCCUAUACUAAAACAGGCGAUCCCUACAUGAGAUCUCUGGUUCAGCACAUUCUUGGCCUAGUAUCCCAUCCUGUACUGAAUUUCCUUUAUCGCUGGAUUUAUGAUGGAGAGCUGGAGGAUACGUACCAUGAGUUUUUUGUAGCUUCAGAUCCUACAGUUAAAACUGAUCGGUUGUGGCACGACAAAUACACUUUGAGGAAAUCAAUGAUUCCAUCUUUUAUUACAAUGGAGCAAUCAAAAAAGGUCCUCCUAAUAGGAAAAUCCAUAAACUUCUUGCAUCAAGUUUGUCAUGAUCAGACUCCAUCCACAAAGAUGAUUGCUGUGGCAAAGUCUGCAGAAUCUCCAAAAGAUGCGGCUGAUUUGUUCACAGAUCUGGAAAACGCAUUUCAAGAAAAAAUUGAUGCAGCUUAUUUCGAGACCAGCAAAUACUUGCUUGAUGUUCUCAAUAAGAAGUACAACUUACUAGAGCACAUGCAAGCCAUGAGGCGCUAUUUACUGCUUGGCCAAGGAGACUUUAUCAGGCACUUAAUGGACUUGCUCAAGCCAGAGCUUGCACGACCAGCUACAACUUUAUAUCAGCAUAAUCUGACGGGAAUCCUUGAAACAGCUGUGAGGGCAACUAAUGCGCAGUUUGAUAACCCUGAGAUUCUCAAACGGUUGGAUGUUCGGCUUCUGGAGGUGUCUCCUGGGGACACUGGAUGGGAUGUCUUCAGCUUAGACUAUCAUGUUGAUGGGCCAAUAGCAACGGUAUUUACACGUGAGUGCAUGAGCCACUAUCUAAGAGUGUUUAAUUUCCUUUGGAGAGCAAAGCGGAUGGAGUAUAUUCUUACUGAUAUAUGGAAAGGACACAUGUGCAAUGCAAAGCUAUUGAAAAGUAUACCAGAGCUUUCUGGGGUGCUGCAUCAGUGUCACGUUCUGGCAUCAGAAAUGGUCCAUUUCAUUCAUCAAAUGCAGUAUUACAUUACAUUUGAGGUACUGGAAUGUUCAUGGGAUGAACUCUGGAACAAGGUCCAACAAGCGCAGGACUUGGAUCACAUAAUUGCAGCUCAUGAAGUUUUUCUGGACACAAUCAUCGCUCGGUGCUUGCUGGAUAGUGACUCCAGGGUACUUCUCAACCAGCUUCGGGCUGUUUUUGAUCAGAUCAUUGAGCUCCAGAAUGCCCAAGAUGCAAUGUAUAGAGCUGCUUUGGAAGAGUUGCAGCUGAGGUUGCAAUUUGAAGAGCGAAAGAAACAGCGUGAGCUUGAGGGCGAAUGGGGUGUAACUGCGUCAGAAGAGGAGGAAGAGAACAAGAGGAUAAAAGAAUUUCAAGAAUCAGUACCCAAAAUGUGCUCGCAGCUUCGCAUACUUACUCAUUUUUACCAGGGAAUCGUCCAGCAGUUCUUGGUCUUGCUGACAACCAGUUCUGAUGAAAGUCUUCGAUUUCUUAGCUUUAGAUUGGACUUCAAUGAACAUUAUAAAGCAAGAGAACCAAGGCUUCGUAUUUCUUUGGGCACUCGAGGCAGACGAAGCUCACAUAUGUGAAACAGUUUCUAGUGACUGCACCUCGGUAUCCGAAGGAUGUUGAACCUCUUGUUGGACAAGGCAAUCAGUGUCAACAUAAUUACACCAAGUGGCGUGUGAUAGGUGUCCACCAUUUCUGCAGACAAUGUGUUUCCCGUCAUGUGAUUGUGUGACACUAUAUAGCGGAAAGCAAAAAAAGUAUGUUUUUUUACACUGAUGUUUAUAAAACAACCAGACUAAAUGAACUGUUUGAACCUCUUCCAAUCAACUUGUUACAUCAUCCUUUUCCACAAAUGCCGUAUUACUUUGGAGCUUUGUAAGCUCCCUCCACUGUAACUUUUAUCUGCGUCCAGGAAAUUGCAUCUUUUGUUUUUGGAGGCACCAUUUCCUUUUUUAACAAGAAAACAAGAAAUUUAUUUUUUCUAUAUACUUGUUCUAUUUGAAAAUAGCUUUUGUUAAAGCUGACAGAUUAGAACUCAGACCUAAUGUCCUUGCUAAGAAGCUAUAGAAAGCAUUUUCUUAUGCUGAUUUUCAGUGUUGUGAUGUAUAUGACUGUGUGAGAAACUUUGUAUCCAGGGACAUAAAGUUAACUUUAAUUUUUCUUUGUUUUCAAGGUUAGCAGUUUCAAAUACAACUGAUUUAAUGGGCAAAUUCUACUGCUACUGUACAGGAGCAAACUGUAGCAGCAGAGCAGGAGUGAAUUUAUUUCCCAUAAGAUAUCUGAAGAAUUGAAGUUAAAGCCUCACUACUGUCAAAGGAAAGUGUCCGUAGGGAUAGAAGUGAAUAAAGUAUUUUGUGUUGAGAAUCUGAGAUGUUAGAAAGAAAGGGAUUUGGAUGAGAUUAAGUACAUUUUUCUUCUCUUCCUUCCCUGUUUUUCCAUUGUAAAUAUUUAUAUAUUGCUGUCCAGAUGCUGGGGGGGGCAGGACGGGACACAACACGACUCUUCUUUUGCAAAGAUGCCACGAUAUCAGGUCAUUGAUUAUGUUCCACACAUACAAGCUUAGAAAAAUAAAAACGCA